UGUUUUAGGUAACGUUGUUAUUUACAGGAGCUGGGGCACAACAUAUCCCCGCCUCAGGUCUGUCGGAGUGUCAGAGUGGCAUUCAGAUAACCGGAGCAACCAUCUGGUCUCACGGCUCAACACUGUCUGUCUCUGGUUCCCCAAACACAGCUAGCCAGCUAGCGGCGCAGCAGUGAUGGAGUGGCUGGGCAACGGAGCUCCUAUUUACCCCGACGGAGAGCCUGGUGGUGACACGGCUUCACCGGGCAGGGGCUGCAACGUUGUUCACCCUCACCAGCAGACAUCAUCAUCAUCACACUUUUGUGAUGGUGCCAUGGAGUCACUAUGUCAGAGCCAGCAGCGUCGUGUGAAGGCCUCUAUCGUGUCCAGCUGGACACUGGCUGAGGCCCAGGACCGGCUAUGUUCUCUAGGUGUCCACAGCUCCGAGUCCGUGGAGCAGGAACGCGCUCGGACUCUGGUCUGCCCCACAGAACUCACACACACUGAGGAGGAGUGGCGCCGCAAGGAGAAUAUGCUCGGGGGUCAGGAACCCAGCCGCAGUCCGGUACUCGGAGCUGUCAGAAGCUGGGAUGUUUUUGAUAAAAGUAUCAUCAAUGUACAACAUCAAGCUGUAGAAAUGGAUCAGGACAAACGCAAGACGUUUCUCCAAAAGUAUGAGCAAGAGCUCAGGCAUUUUGGUAUGUUGCGGAGAUGGGACGACAGUCAGCGAUUCCUUGCAGACAUGCCUCAGCUCAUCUGUGAGGAAACAGCCAACUUUUUAAUUCUAUGGUGCAUCAGACUACAGCAAGAAAGGAAAGAAGCUCUAAUGGAGCAGGUGGCGCACCAAGCUGUUGUCAUGCAGUUCAUCCUGGAGAUGGCCUCAAACUCCCAGCAGGAUCCUAGAGGCUGCUUUAGACAGUUCUUCCACAAAGCCAAAGAAGGACAAGACGUCUACUUAGAAGUCUUCCAUACAGAGCUCGAGGCCUUCAAAUACAGACUGAAAGACUACGCUGUGAAGUGUAAAGGUGAUACACCCAACAACACUGAACAGCAGAGUACUGACACACGCUACAGACUCGCCCCCAAAGAAGCCCAGGACUCUUUACCUCCACAGGUGGCAGACUACUCAAUGAAGCGCUGUCUGGAGGAGGGACUGUGGACAAGCACAGGGAGGUGGACAAAAGAGGAAGCCACAGAAACAGACGAUAUACGCAUGAUGGAGACCUCCUAGGGAAUGUGGGGUCGGCCACUGCUUUUCUUCC